CGCCAUGGCGACCAGAGCUAACGUCACGCCGCUGGACUUUCCCAGUAAGAAGCGGAAGAGGAGCCGCUGGAACCAAGACACAGUGGAACAGAAGACGGUGAUUCCAGGAAUGCCUACAGUUAUCCCCCCUGGACUUACUCGGGAACAAGAAAGAGCUUAUAUAGUGCAACUGCAGAUAGAAGACCUGACUCGUAAACUGCGCACAGGAGACUUGGGCAUCCCCCCUAACCCUGAGGACAGGUCCCCUUCCCCUGAGCCCAUCUACAAUAGCGAGGGGAAGCGGAUUAACACUCGCGAGUUCCGCACCCGCAAAAAGCUUGAAGAGGAGCGGCAUAACCUCAUCACGGAAAUGGUUGCCCUCAACCCUGAUUUCAAGCCACCUGCAGAUUACAAACCUCCAGCAACACGUGUGAGCGAUAAAGUAAUGAUUCCACAAGAUGAGUAUCCAGAAAUCAACUUUGUGGGGCUGCCGAUUGGGCCCAGAGGGAACACCUUGAAGAACAUAGAGAAGGAGUGUAAUGCCAAGAUCAUGAUCCAGGGGAAAGGCUCUGUGAAAGAAGGGAAAGUCGGGCGCAAAGAUGGCCAGAUGCUGCCAGGAGAAGAUGAGCCGCUUCAUGCCCUGGUUACUGCCAAUACCAUGGAGAAUGUGAAGAAAGCAGUAGAACAGAUAAGAAACAUUCUGAAGCAGGGUAUCGAGACUCCUGAGGACCAGAACGAUCUACGGAAGAUGCAGCUUCGAGAGUUGGCUCGUUUGAAUGGGACCCUUCAGGAAGACGAUAAUAGGAUCUUAAGACCCUGGCAGAGCUCGGAGACCCGCAGCAUUACCAAUACCACAGUGUGUACCAAGUGUGGAGGGGCUGGCCACAUUGCUUCCGAUUGCAAAUGCCAAAGGCCUGGUGACCCCCAGUCAGCUCAGGAUAAAGCGCGGAUGGAUAAAGAAUACUUGUCCCUCAUGGCCGAACUGGGGGAGGCACCUGUGCCCGCAUCUGUGGGCUCCACCUCUGGGCCUGCCACCACACCCCUGGCCAGUGCGCCUCCGCCCACUGCUCCCACCAGCAAUCCACCUCCACCGUCUCUCAUGUCCACUACCCAGAGCCACCCACCCUGGAUGAAUUCUGGCCUGUCAGAGAGUCAGCCCUACCAUGGCAUGCACGGAGGUGGCCCUGGUGGGCCCGGAGGUGGCCUGCACAGCUUCCCACACCCAUUACCCAGCCUGACGGGCGGGCACGGUGGACAUCCCAUGCAGCACAACCCGAAUGGAUCCCCUCCACCUUGGAUGCAGCCGCCGCCACCACCGAUGAACCAGGGCCCCCACCCACCUGGGCGCCAUGGCCCUCCUCCAGUGUACCUGGGAAAUACACCUGUGGGCUCUGGGGUCUAUCGCCUGCAUCAAGGAAAAGGUAUGAUGCCGCCGUCACCUAUGGGCAUGAUGCUGCUGCCGCCUCCCAGUGGGCAGCCUCCACCCCCUCCCUCUGGUCCUCUUCCCCCAUGGCAGCAGCAGCAACAGCAGCCUCUGCCACCCCCUCCGCCCAGCAGCAGUAUGGCUUCCAGUUCCCCUUUGCCAUGGCAGCAAAAUACGAUGACUACCACCACGAGCACUGGCACAGGGUCCAUCCCGCCAUGGCAACAGCAGCAGGUGGCUGCCACAGCUUCUCCAGGAGACCCUCAGAUGCAAGGCAACCCUAUGGUGCCCCUGCCCCCAGGGGUCCAGCCGCCUCUGCCGCCCGGGGCCCCUCCCCCUCCGCCUCCUCCGCUGCCUGGUUCCGCCGGCAUGAUGUAUGCCCAGCCCCCUCCUCCUCUGCCUCCCAUGGACCCUUCUAACUUUGUCACCAUGAUGGGCAUGGGGGUGGCGGGCAUGCCACCCUUCAGGAUGCCUACAGCUCCCCCACCGCCUCCACCACAGAACUAG